UAACGUUACAUUAGGAGUGUGUUCAGCCGGCCCGGUGUCAGGACUGCCCGUCUGUGGGAACAUCCUUCUUACGAGCUCGUUGCUAAAGCUUGCUUCAAGACAUCUGCUGCAACGUCUCAGCCGUCAACGCAGCUUUCUUAGAGGCUAGAGGAACAUCUUCCCCAGCGGUCGGGAAGGCACAAGCCGUGCGAGCGAAACGGAUUUUGUGCGGGUCAACCACGGUCGUCUGCAACUUUAAAGUUCUUGAGAGGGUGAUUUUAAGACGUGAGGAAUCUCCUUCAAGAUGGAUGACGACUAUGACGACUUCGACGACAACGGGCCCAUGGGCACCAGGAACAAAUGGGUGUUCGAGAUCUCAACCGAGGUCGCUAACAAAGUCGGAGGGAUUUACACUGUGAUCCGCAGCAAGGCGGGAGUGACAGUUGACGAGCUCGGUGAUCACUACUGCCUGAUUGGUCCGUACAACGAGAACUCCGCCCGCCUCGAGGUCGACCCCAUGGAACCCACCAAUGACAUCAUGCGGAGGACUCUGGCGAACAUGCGCGAGAAAGGGGUGAAGGUAUUGUUUGGUCGCUGGUUGAUUGACGGCUAUCCUCGGGUGGUGUUGUUUGACGUUGGCUCCGUGGCCUGGAAGCUGGACGGAUGGAGAAAGGAAUUCUGGGAGGUUGCGGGGAUCGGGAUCCCGUGGCCGGACCGAGAGUGUAACGACGCGGUGCUGCUGGGAUUCCUGGUGGCGUGGUUCCUUGGGGAGUUUCGUGCCCAGUGUGACCAGUGCGUAGGAAAGCAGUAUCUUGUUGCACACUUCCACGAGUGGAUGGCAGGUGUUGGGCUGGUCCUGUGUCGCUGUCGGAACAUCGACGUGUCCACCAUCUUCACGACGCACGCCACGCUGCUGGGGAGGUUCCUCUGUGCCGGGAACGUCGACUUCUACAACAACCUGGAUAAGUUUGAUGUGGACCAGGAGGCAGGGAACCGCGGGAUCUACCACCGGUACUGCAUGGAGCGCUCGGCCGCCCACUGCGCGCACGUGUUCGCUACGGUGUCGGAUAUCACAGCGCUGGAGGCAGAGCAUCUGCUCAAGAGGAAGCCAGACAUCGUCACGCCAAAUGGGCUGAAUGUGCAGAAGUUCCAGGCGAUCCACGAGUUCCAGAAUCUCCACGCCAUUGCUAAGGAGAAGAUCAGCGAGUUCGUCCGAGGUCACUUCUACGGGCACUACGACUUUGACAUUGACAAGACGAUCUUCAUGUUCACUGCCGGGCGCUACGAGUUCUCCAACAAGGGCGUGGACAUGUUCCUGGAAGCUCUGGCCAGGCUCAACUACUAUCUCAAGUCCUCUGGAAGCCAGAUGACAGUCGUAGCCUUCCUGAUCUUCCCGGCCAAAACAAACAACUUCAACGUUGACUCUCUCAAGGGGCAGGCGGUCGUCAAGCAGCUCAGAGAAACUGUGGCGGAGGUACAGAAUGAUAUCGGGAAGAGGAUUUUUGAAUCAUGCCUGGGUGGCAGUUGAAC